UCUCCUUAGGCUUUUGGAUUUAUGACACGCGUUGCUCUGCAAGCAGAGAAGAUGAAUCACCACCCGGAAUGGUUUAAUGUCUACAGCAAGGUCCAAAUAACUCUGAUUUCCCAUGACUGCGGUGGACUGACCAAGAGAGAUGUGAAGCUGGCUCAGUUUAUCGACAAAGCUGCUGCCUCAGUGUAA